GGAAAUUUCCAUGACAUAAGAUGGCAUGCGCAGGGGAGUUUGGGAUGAGACAACCUUAGUUCUGUUCCACCUCAGACCGCACGUCGAAGCGUUUCGAUGGAGCCCAAGAACGACGUAGACGUCAAAGACGAACUGCUGUACAGCGACGCAAAGGAUGCUGAAGCUGGGGAGAAAUCCAGCGAUGAGGAAACCCCUACAAGAGACCAAUGGAGCGCCAAAGUGGAAUAUCUACUGUCCAUGAUUGGGUACUGCGUGGGUCUGGGCAACAUAUGGCGGUUUCCGUAUCUCUGCUAUCGCAACGGCGGAGGAGCUUUCCUGAUCCCCUACUUCAUCAUGAUGGUGCUUGCCGGGAUCCCCAUGUUCUUCAUUGAGCUGGCGCUAGGGCAGUACGCCGGGCUGGGGACCUUACCUGUGUGGGACUGUCUACCUAUUCUCAAAGGUAUUGGCUACUCCAUGAUUAUCAUAUCUUCUUGGACUAGCAUCUACUACAACAUGAUCAUAGCCUGGGCCCUGUACUACCUGUUCGCCUCCUUCACCAGCGUACUGCCGUGGCACCACUGCGGACAUUGGUGGAACACCCCCUCCUGUGUGGAGACAGUGGAAGUGGCCAACAUGACAGCCAACAUGACUAACUUCACCCGGGUCAGCCCCAGCGAAGAGUACUGGCAUCAUCGAGUCCAGCAGUACAGCAGCAGUAUCUCCGAGACCGGGAAGGUUAGCUGGGAACUGUCGCUGUGUCUGCUCCUGGCAUGGGUCUUAGUCUUCUUUUGUCUUUUCAAGGGAGUCAAGUCCACUGGAAAGGUUGUGUACUUCACGGCUACCUUCCCAUACAUCAUGCUGAUCAUACUGCUGAUCCGCGGUGCGAUCCUACCAGGAGCCAUAGACGGCGUGCUGUUCUACAUCACUCCGGACUUCAACAGACUGACAGAAUACCAGGUCUGGUACGACGCAGCUUCGCAGAUCUUCUACUCCCUUGCUAUCGCUUUCGGAGCGGUGUUGACCAUGGCUAGCUACAACAAGUUUAACAACAACAUCCAGAGGGACGCCAUCAUGAUUCCGCUGAUCAACUGCGGCUCCAGCGUGUUUGCCGGCUUUGCCGUGUUCUGUUUUAUCGGCUUCAUGGCGCACGAGCUCAAGGUGGAGGUGAAAGACGUGGUCGCUUCCGGACCCGGACUGGUGUUCAUUGUCUACCCGGAAGCCCUGACUCUCCUCCCGAUUUCCCCCGUCUGGGCCGUCUGUCUGUUCGGCAUGAUCCUGACGCUGGGUCUGGACAGUAUGUUCAUGACCGUGGAGACCAUCACCACCGCCCUGGUAGAUGAGUUUCCGAAGCUGCUGUCGAAAUACAAGACCUGGAUGCUGUUUGGCUUUUGCGUCGGCAUGUAUCUACUUGGACUUACUCAAUGCACACAGGCUGGAAUCUACUGGCUGACCCUGAUGGACUGGUACGCUGCUGGGUUCUGUCUUUUCGUGACGGCCUUCUUCCAGGCUAUCGGGAUCUCCUGGAUCUAUGGAAUCAAACGUUUCAGCGCCAACAUCAAGGCCAUGAUCGGACAUGAACCCAACAUCUACUUCAAGGUCUGCUGGAUGUUCAUCUCCCCGGCGCUAAUGAUGUUUAUACUGAUCUUCAGCCUGGUGACCUACACACCAGUGAAGUACAACGGCAUUGAGUACCCGAGCUGGGCGGUGAACCUGGGUCUGCUCAUGGCCUUCUCCUCCAUCGUCAUGAUACCCCUGGUCGCCAUCCUAACAAUAUGGCGGCAAGAAGGGACUCUCCUGGAGAGAGUCCGAGCAGCGUGUCGACCCGCCGCUAGGUGGGGUCCGUCCAACUCAGCACCCAAACCGGAACCGGAUGUGACGUAUAGCGUUAACGGCAACGGGAAGCUUUACCCUGACGUGAAGAUUCUCCAUGCUGACACGAAAGUCGGGGACGACGACCCUGACUCAGCCCUGAUCAAAGUGUCCCAUAUAUGAACUAAAAUUAGAUAUGGAAAUAGCCAUCAAAGUGACAAGUUCUUCUUCCUACUUUGUUCUACACGUGAUUUCAUGUACACGGGAUCUCAUAUAUCCUCUACUCUCCAAGCAGAAUCAAGGCCCUGACUUUUUAAACAUUUUUAGGCGUUUUUAUCGGGCUUCCUAUUUUGUUGAUGUCUCGCGCCAGAACCUUAACAUAAAACCAUAAACGUAACUUUAAAAGCAUAAACGUAAACUUAAUGUUCUUAAUCUGUGUGGUAUUCGUAAAAAGUUGACAUACCAAUAGAAUGAAAAUUUAUAUCGGGUUUGUAUAAAUGCAUCAUUAUAUAUCUCAGGCAGAUUAUCUGUAAGUACAACGCACACAUAAAGUCUUUGUUGGCCAAGUGGUGGGAUACGGAGUUUCUACAUUAGCUUAGAAUUGUGUUAUAGAUAAUCUAUAUGUGCAUGUAUAUCUGAUUUCGUUUGUAUUUUUGUUAUGAUUGGAUAGUAAGGUACAAUAAAGAUAUUUUAUGAAGUC